CUCAUACCUCGACUCCGACUCCGACUGCGACUCUGCCCCUGGCUCUGACUCGAAUCUUUGCUGAACUUCACCUAUUAAGUCUUCGAGUGCCGGCGUCGGAGCUGGAAAUUGCGGGUGAUGUAUAAAAGCCGAGCGAACAGCGCAUAAGUCAUACAGUUCACAGCGAACAACUAAGGAAGUUAUACAUCCGUCCUCCUAGACCCACUCAAGCAGCUCAACCAAGCCCAGAAAUGCGUGGAUUCAUUGUCUUGUGCCUUUCCGCCAUGGCGCUGGCUGCGCCCCAGGGCUACAACUACAAUCCCGGCCCAUCCGGCUUUGGCGGGGUCAGCACCGCCAGCGGCGGGUCCUCCUUCUUCCAGGGCAGUGCCCAGGCCGCUCCCGUGCAGCAGCAGCAGACCUUCUUCCAGCAGCCGGCUGUGCACCACCAGCAGCAGGUGCAGCAGGUCCAACAGCAGCAGGCUAUCGUGUCGAAGCGAUUCUACAUUCAUUCGGCCCCGGAGGAGGCAGAGGACUACAAGGAGCGCCACAUCACCGUCGGCGUGCCCAAGCGCAACUACAACGUUGUGUUCAUCAAGUCGCCGCAGCGCAACAACAAGAAGACCAUCAAGAUCAGCCCCGCCUCCAACGAGGAGAAGACCGUCAUCUACGUCCUGAGCAAGAAGGGCGAGAGCGACGUCCAGGCCGAGGUCGUUGAGCAGGCCAGCUCCACCAGCAAGCCAGAGGUCUUCUUCAUCAAGUACAAGACCCAGGAGGAGGCAGCCCAUGCGCAGCAGCAGAUCCAGGCCCAAUACGACGCCUUGGGAGGCAGCAGCCAGCUGACCGACGAGGGUGUGGCCCCCGUCACCUCUGUCAUCGGCGCCCUGGGCGGAAGCGAUGGACAUGCCGAGGCUGGCGGUCUUGGCGGCACCGGAGCUGGCCAGAUCAUUUCCUCCGGCUCCGCAGGCUCGUCGCACACAGGCAAUGCCUAUCUGCCACCCAACUUCUAA